AUGAAGACUUUUACUCUGGCUGGCCUAUUGGCCUCUCCUCUUGCUGUUGUGGCAGCGCCUGCCUGGACCAUGUACGCUUACAAUGAGAGCGUGCCUGAGAUCCACGGCAAGCCCAUCAAUGCCGACAGUGGCUACUUCUGGAUCAACAAGGAUGCUGCAGCCGUCUGCCCCGACUACGACCCCGAGUGCCCGGCCGCAAACACCACAAUCGUUUCAGGUCCUGUGAACGGAGAUGGUUCCGCUGCCGAGAACUCAUACUGGUUCAUGGGUAUUCUUCAGCAAGGUGGCCAACAGAUGGAUACUGCCGGUCUCGACGCCACUACCGGUGGUCUGCCGCUCAAGUACACAGCCGUGGGUGCUGCAGACAGAGGUGUCGGUGUCUGGGAUACUGCCCGCAACUCGCAUCCCAGCAUUAUCUUCGACAACAGCACUGUGGAGACUCUGGGUGCUCCCACCAUCCGCUCGAAACCCAGUUCUGUGCACUACACAUGGAUGGCUUGUCCUUACCCUUUGACCUACCCUUACCCUGCUUCGCUUCAAGACGUCGAUCUCAGCAAGCCUAUGACUAUCCACGACAUCACCACCGAGGACGUCAACGACUCUCCUUGGUGCGUCCGUCUCGAGAUCACGCUCAAGCCUACCACCCUGGCUGCUCCUCAAUACUACUACUGCGAGGGUUGCCAGUGGAGAUGCGACAACAUCUACGGUGACAGCGUCUGCAAUGCUGGCAAGAAGCCUGCCUGUCUCGAGCCGUACUGUGGCCCUUAUACUGAGGAGACUAAGGGAAGCAAGGUCACUGGAUAA